AUGUCCCUCUUGCCUUCCAUGACGGUGGAGCAGCGUAUCUUGCACUGGCUCUCUACCUCCGCCGAAGAGGCCAUCCCUUAUGAGCGACUCAAGAGGGAGCUGCAGCUCGGCUCCAGCGGGGGUGAGGGGGCGGUGCGCCAGCUGAUGGAGCAGAAUCGUGUGCGCCUGCGCCGCGGCAACGGUGCCGACACACAGAUAUACAUCUCCAUUGUAAACAACAUUAACGAGAGCCUGUCCCUAGUCCUCGACGCGGUGCGGGCGAGCGGGGCCGGUGGAAUUGAUCAGACACAGCUGCUGAGUAAGGUGCGGAUGCCCAAGACGGAGCUUGGCAAGGCUCUCACGGCGCUAACAGCGAAGAACCUCAUUAAAGAGCAUCGCUCUUUCACGAACCGUGCGAAGCGUAUCUACACGCUCUUCAAUAUCGACCCCUCGUCACACAUCACAGGGGGCGCCAUGUACUGCGGUGAGGAGCUUGACGUCGCUUUUGUGGAUGAAUGGCGUCGAGAACUGACGAGGUUCGUGUCAACACGACGAAUGGUCAGCUUUGAUCAGAUCAAGCGUCAUGUCGAAGCGCUGCAGAGCGCUGGCGGUGGUCGUGGCGGCGGCAGCGCUCUUCCCACCCCAGGCCUCGUCGUGAAUCACUCGUCUGGCACAUCCACCCAGCCGUCCAAAUUGCCCGUUGUCUUCACAAUGAUCGACUCGGCGGUGCAGCGAACUGUCGGCGGCGGCCCGUCGUCGAUGUCUGGCAUGGCCUCCUCUAGUAGCAGCUAUGCUGUUGUAUCGAAGCAGCUUUCCGACCUGGACCUGCGCAUCCUCGUCCACACACUUGUCCUCGAUGGCGUACUGGAGAUGCUUAUUCCAGCCACCACUGAAGGUGUCAACACGCCUCAGUACCAGCUUGCCUACGGCCAGAGCGUGAUGAGGCACUUCACAGCGCAGGUGCGGCGCCCUCGUCAACGCUGCUUGUCGACGGGGAUAGAGGGACCGGCGCUGCAGCGCGCGCGCCAAGAGAAUGACCUGGCGCUAGGAUUUCCUGGGCACCCGUCUGCUACUCCGUCCUCCUCGCCGCCAGCUGCUACAGGUGGUGGCUGGAGUGGGUUCAUUCCCGACAUUGAGGGCGACGGACUCAGCAGCAGCACGAUGGAGGUCCUGAGUCAGUCCAGCCUCUGGGAGCCGGCGCCCGUCUCGCAACCGUCUUCGAAGGACGCCGUUGAUGGCUGGUCGUACAUGCCGGCUGUGGGCUUCCCCUGCCUCGGGUGCCCCCUCCUGGAGCAGUGCUCUGUUUCAUGCCGUGGCGUGGUGAAUCCGAAGAGCUGCACCUACCUAAAAGAUUGGCUAAGUUGA